CGGUAGAGGAGAGCGUGUGCGGCGGCUGCUCCAGUCGGUUGUGCUCGAAGACGGGCGGACGCUCGGCGCUACUGGGAGUCGGAGGGUCCAGUCCUUCCUGGCGUCGGCCCUUCCAGCCCCGCUGGUUCCCGCACGGCCCGCAGCAGCCUCUCUCCGAAGCGCGUCCUCGUCCCGAGCCUGCGCGGCCGUGUGGGCGUCUAUCUGGGCGGUGCACGGGCGCCCGCUCCCGGGUAGCCGUUCCUGCCGCGGCGCAGAUAAGGACGCGGCUGGAGGCUCGCGCGCGGCCGCAGGACUUCGCACUCGCGUCGCUCCUGGGGACUCGGGCGGACGCGGCGCCCCCUGACCCUUCUGUGCGGCGGAGCUCGGGCCUUUUUGGUUUGGAAGAAGACCCACAACACCAUUGCCUUUUUCUCUGGCAGCCGACCAGCGAGUGAAAAAGUACGACACAAGUUUGAUGUUUGUGUCUGCUUCCCCAAGGCCAAGAAAUUAUCUCCUUAGAAGGCAACAGUACUAUGCAUGUUAGGAAUUGUGUCUCCUUGUUCAGCGAUAAAGAAAAGACGGCACCACCACCGCCGCCUCCUCCUCCUCUUCCUUCUUCUCCACCCCAACAAUGUCCAUAUUCAGGGGAGGGGUUUCCUCUCUCCCCUCCUCCUCCCCCUCCACCUCCGCUCCCUGGGGGGCCUCCACUCCCACCUCCCCCUCCAGGACUACCCCCAGAGUCUCACUUGAAUGGCUACAGCCACCUUGGUAAUAAAAAGCGGGUGAGAAGCUUUUUUUGGAAGACCAUUCCAGAGGAACAAGUUCGUGGCAAAACCAACAUCUGGACUUUGGCCGCCAGGCAGCAACAUCAAUACCAAAUUGAUGCAAAGACCAUUGAGGAACUCUUUGGGCAGCAAGAAGAUACUACUACCAAGUCUUCCCUUUCUAGGAGAGGAGGAACCUUAAAUUCAUCCUUCAGGGAUGCUGGGGAAGAGAUUACUGUCUUGGAUGCAAAGCGGAGCAUGAACAUUGGAAUAUUUCUUAGGCAAUUUAAGAAGUCUCCUCAGUCCGUUGUAGAAGAUAUUCUUCAAGGAAAGAGUGAGCAUUAUGGAUCAGAGACCUUGCGAGAAUUUCUUAAGCUAUUGCCGGAGUCAGAGGAGGUAAAGAAAUUGAAAACAUAUGGUGGAGAUGUGUCCAAGCUGUCCCUGGCAGACUCCUUUCUGCAUUGCUUGAUUCAAGUGCCAAACUAUUCACUUCGGAUUGAAGCCAUGGUGCUAAAGAAGGAAUUUUUACCUUCUUGUUCUUCUCUGUACACAGACAUAACAAUUCUCAGAACUGCUACAAAAGAGCUGAUGUUGUGUGAGGAGCUGCAUUCAAUAUUACACUUGGUGCUACAGGCAGGGAAUAUCAUGAAUGCAGGAGGGUAUGCUGGCAAUGCAGUAGGAUUUAAACUGUCUUCUUUGCUCAAAUUGGCAGACACAAAAGCAAACAAACCUGGGAUGAACCUUCUGCACUUUGUUGCACAGGAAGCCCAAAAGAAGGAUGCCAUUCUUCUAAACUUUUCUGGAAAAUUGCAUCAUGUUCAGGAGGCUGCUAGAUUAUCCCUGGAUAACACGGAGAAGGAGCUGCGCUCGCUCGUUACCAGGACGAGAUCUCUGAGGGAGAACAUCCAGCGGGAUGGUGAACUUGGUCGGCAGAUGGAAAAUUUCCUUCAGUUUGCUGUGGAAAAGCUGACGGAACUGGAGCACUGGAAACAAGAGCUCCAGGACGAGGCCCACACCCUCAUAGAUUUUUUCUGCGAAGACAAAGAAACCAUGAAAUUGGACGAGUGCCUUCAGAUAUUCAGAGACUUUUGUGUCAAAUUCAACAAAGCUGUUCAGGACAACCACGACCGGGAGGUGCAGGAGCUGAGGCGGAUGCAGCGGCUGAAGGAGCUGGAGCAGAAGCGUCGCUCCUGGGCAGCAGGGGAGCUUGGGGGAUUCUGCCGGAGCAGCAGUGAGAACGACGUGGAGCAGCUGACCAAGAAGGGCACGGAGGACCUGCUCACCUUCCUGCAGGCCAGGCCCAUGAGCCCCUCCUACCGACCUCCUAACACCCGCCGCUCCCGUCUUUCCCUGGGCGCUUUUGCUGAGCAGGAGCUGCUGACCUUCCUGGAGGAGAGUUCCACUGACGGCCCCAAGGAGCCCAGCAAAUUCAACAGCUUGCCCCGGAGCAGCCCGCGGCAGGCCCGGCCCAGCCCGCGGCAGGCCCGGCCCACGCUGGCCUGGAUGGAGCCUGGGGACCCGAAAGCCCAGGACCCCAGCGGAGCACAUAGACCUCAGGCCUCAGAGGGCCAGGAGGGGGCCCCUGAGCCACCCUCAUCUUGGCCGAGCCAGCAGUCCCCGGCCCCCAGGCCUGAGGACGCUGCGCCCCCCUUGCUCCGAGUUCGGCGCAGCGGGGUGGGCGUCCUCCAAAAGAGGAAGAGUGAGCCGCUGGGCCUGGGCCCGGCCCAGUCCCCCCCGCUCUCGCCAUUAGCUCUGGGGAUUAAGGAGCACGAGUUGGCGACAGGGCUGUCUCAGUUAGACCUCCAGGGAUCCAAGGACCCAGAGGAGGUGCCCAGGUUGACCCUGAAUGACCUCAGCCCCGUGGAGCCGGUAUCUGUGGAGGAUGGGAACGUGCAGUCCCUCGGUACCAGCUGCGGCGCCCUGAUGCCUGUGGGCACAGAUGCCCCAGACGGGCCCAGCCCAGCCUGGGAGGGGGACGGGGCUGACCCUGAGAAACCUAGUGGCAAGGCUCUAGUAUCUGUGGGCAGCAGUGACCCUGAGAGCAAAGACCCUGGGCCUCUGUUAUACGUCUCCGAUGCCACUGACUGCUCGCUGACCCUGGACUGCUCCGAGCCGGGGGAGGAGGGCGGGGGCGAUGGCUCCCUGUCCUCUGGGGCUGGGGAGACAGGCAGCCAGGUUUCCUCUCACCCCACUUCCAGCCCCCUUGGGGAGGCUUCUGCUCCAGUCUCUGGGAAGAGCCAGCCCUCCUGCAAGGACAGCUUUCCCAGGGACAGACCCGCCAAAGGGAAGGAUGUGACAGCACCGAAGAGAAGUUCCCUCAAAGAGGCGUCGCAGGGGGCCUCCAAGCCCGCCAGUGUGCGGAGGAGCCAGGGGGCCCAGGGGGCCCAGGGGACGGCGCCCAAACCGGUGCGGACUUUGACCGCCUCCGAGAAUGAGAGCAUGCGCAAAGUCCUGCCCAUCUCCAAGUCAAGCCGCGGUUUGGGGGGCUGGAAGCGGCCCCCUCGGGAGACCCCCAUUGGCACAGACGCGCCCUGGUCGCACCGGAGCUCCGUGCGGGGGACCUCGGACGUGUUGCCCAGGCGGUCCUCUACGGGGGCUGGGGCGGGGGCCACGGUGGCUGACGAGCAGAGGCUGGCGAGAGCAAGCGUGGGCUCCAGCAGCGCCAAAUCGGGGAAGGAGCCCCCCUUGCAGCAAAGGGGCUCUCUCAAGAAGCCCAGCGCCAAGCCCCUCCGGAACGUCCCCAGACAGAAGCCCGAUGAAAACAAGAUCUGCCACUCCAACUCCCAGGGCCCCGAGAGUCCCGAAGAGGAGCCCAAGUCCCCACCACCCCCCAGCGUCCCCCGUGUCCCGCCGCCCGUGCCGAGCUUUGCCCGAAACACAGUUGCUUCCUCGUCUCGGUCCAUGAGAACGGAUUCCUCUCUUGUGGCCAAAGCCCCUAGCAUCACUCGGACUUUGUCCCAGCGUCAGCUGAGGCUGAAGAGUGGCCCCGAGGAUGCUGCCCCCAAGGACGGCAGCACCCUGCGGCGGGCCAGUAGCGUCCGCACCCCCAAAAGGUGUCCAGAGGCUGCUGGGGCUCCCAGUGCCAACCCAGAGGCCGCCGUGAAGGGCCGAGGGGCUGGGGAGAGGGCCUCCCUCAGACUGAAAAACUCGGAUCGGUCCACGCUAGGGAAAAUCCUCGGUCCCUUACGGAAGUGAAGUCGGACUGUGAGGACUGACUCCUGUGAAGGCCCAACGCCGAAUGUCUGUGUUCCACGUCAGGUGAUCCGCGGGCAGUGCGGUCCGGAGGCUUGCGGACUGCCGCUGCCACACGCGCUCCUACUGGAAAGUGCCAAGUCUGGACGGCCGCUCGCUGCUGUCAUGGCUGGCACCCCCUCACACACCCUGGACGAACCCCCUCCCAAAGCCGAGACCUCACGACAACGCAGAUGUGUAAGAUGACAGUCUUACCCACGGAGUUAAAAAAUUUUGGCCAGUUUUUAUGUAUCAAACUUAUUUUUUAAUAUUAUAAAAAUUAAGUGUUUUAGUUCCUUUCGCAGAAUGAAAUGCCUCCUAGGAAAAAAAGACAAAACCCUUCACAUGAAGACAUUUUUAUUUUCCUGUGUUCCCUGGCCUCAGGGUUCCACCUGCCCACGCGCCGUCCAUUGCUGGCAACUGGACUUCUCCGUGAGCCCUGGGUGUUCUGUGAUUGGCACCGUCUCCACGAAGGCUCUCUGCUUCGCUCAUCUCUCUGUGUGUGACUUUGGGUGAGGGUUUGUGUGUGGGCAGGAGGGAAGGUGAGACUGGUGGUUGGAAGUUGGACGCUCUUGUGUGUUCAGGGCAGGCACCGUGAGCAGCCCCUCGCAGAGUGCCGCAUCUUCCCGAACUUAGAAGCGCCGUGUCUUCGUGGAAAGGCAUCAGGGGCUCUUCAGCUGAGCACAUCUUCCCCUUCCGUGUUUUCCCAUUUGUGUAUCUGUUGUGAAACUGAGUGAAGGCUGCUAUGACUUGGAUUCGCUCUAGUUACAGGGAAGAAUAAACCCUUCUGUGUCCCAGUCUUCUCCCUCCCUCCCUUUUUCUGCCUGCAGCCAGCCCUCUCAUGCUAACCCGACUUGAAACCUGGAGAGUGUGUAUAUCUAUGUCACUGAUGAUGCUUCUUAAUGUGGAUAUGUCUCCUUUGGUACAGUGGUUUUUAAAUCCUGAGAAAAACCAAAUCAAGUUUUUAAAAACACAAAAAAAGACAAUAAAAAACAAAAAAAAAAAACAAAAAACAACCCAAACCCCUGCUUUCAGAAGAAUUUGUAUCAUCAGGAAAAUUUUGAAAAAAAAAGUAAAAAGAAAAGUCAGGCUUUAUUCAAAAGGAAGGAGAAAACAUGUACUGUUUCUACUCACUGCCGAUUUCAUGACUUCCUUUUGAGACUAGGAAAUGGGGCGAUUCUUGAAACUCUCUUGUUGAAGUUGCUCCCUGCCCGUCACUUAGUGAAACCUUAGUGAAACCUUAUUUUAGAUCCAACAGUGGUAGAUGGAUUUCAGCGAAUCCAUGUGGUUGAUGUUACAAUCUUCCUCCUGUAUAAUGUUGCCUUCCAUCCAAAUUAAUUGGAACUGUGAGCUUCCAUAAGUCAGCUAAAUUGAAACGGUAAACUUUAUGGGUAAAGAAGUAAGGCACUUGACCACAAAACCUCUUAUAAAAUGGCCUUGGGGAGAUACAUCCUGGGCCCCACAAAGAUGGUUAUGGGAAUCCUGCACUGUUUUUCACCAUCUCAAAAAGCCUAAGAAAUCGUAUAUUUAACCAUUCAGACAACAAUGUUCAAAACAUAGGGCCCAUGGGUGGGUGGAAAUGGAUGAAAGAGGUCAAAAGUUGGUGGAUAGUGGGGCGCCUAGGUGGCUCAGUUGGUUAAGCAUCCAACUCGUGAUUUUGGCUCAGGUCGUGAUCUCAGGGUCAUGGGAUAGAGCCCUGCAUUGAGCUCCACACUCAGCACGGAGUCUGUUUGGGAUUCUCUCUCUCCCUCUUCCUCUGCCCCUCCCCUCAUUCGUGUGCACUUCCCCCCCCCCCCAAGUAAAUCAAUCUUAAAGUCUGUGGAUAGUGAUGGGGUCAGGACCUCCAGGUGGGAUCCUAGCAACCAGGGUCCUAGUCCCUGCUCUGUCACUGAUGCUAUGUGACUUUGGCCAAUCACUCUGUCUCCCUAAGUCUCUGUUCCCCAAUCUGCAGAAGUGGGGGCAUGGCCUCAGUGAUGGUUUCUAAGGGUCCCUGCAGCUCCAAAAGUCCGAGUUAUAAACAACCAAGGACCCAUCUACCCCAGGACCAGCUUCUCCGAACCAACCCCCAGCACCUCCAUAGCAGAGGCCUUACGUCAAAAGUCCUCAAAAGAAAGCACUUCAGAACGUGCUGUUGCUUUGAAAUCUAAUAAGCUGAGUGUCUUGAGAAGCAGUGUUCUCCUUAGCCCUGUGGACCCUAUGUGUGUACAUCUGUAUGAGCAGGUGAUCAUUCUAUUACCUUUUAUCGGUAGUAAGCUUGGAAAAAUAAUUUAAGUAUAUAAUGGAGAAAUGUAAAUAAGUUUCUAUAUAAAUUUGUUUAAGAUGAACUGAAUGUAUUUAAAGGUCCAUUUAUAUGUUCUUUUAUGUAACAUGUAGUUUAAUAAAGUUCCUGUU